AGUUGAGCAGGUGCGGAGGGGCGGAAUUUUCCCUCAAGCCGCCCGCCCGGUCUGGUCUUGCUUCCUAUUCGGGUCUCCGCCACAUCUCUCUCCCCACCUUUAUCUAAACAACCAGCACAGUCAUCCCGUCACUCAAAUAAUGUACAAGUACGGAGUAUGGCCAGAGUUGACUGCUUAGACCGCCCUUCUUCGCUGGCAGGCUUCAAUUGGAUCUUCGAAUACCGCAGCAUACUAUUCUCUGCGUCGAUCAUUGCCGAGAAGCCUGGGAUGACGGCUCACAUCCAUCAUGUGAUGAUGCAAGGAGAGCCCUCUUGGAAAGGGGGCAGAUUCAUCGCAUCCCUCGAAACAUAUCUUCAAGGGUCUCGACUCGGGCUCAUAUGUCAUUCAAAAGGGGUGCUCUGCUCGCACAGCAUGGAAGCAUAGCGUAAGCAGACCUGGGAUCUGCAGCAAGCCAUUCAUGGCUGCUGCUUGACAUCAUUAUCAUCAUCAUGAGACGUCCUUUCCAAAUACUGGUCAUCUGCCUUGCAAAGUAUGUGGAAUGCUUUCAAAAUGUGACGGUCAAUCUGGGCUACUCGCAAUACCGAGGCCAAGAACUUUCCAAUGGAAUUGUGCAGUGGUUGGGCAUACGCUAUGCUGCUCCUCCCGUGGGAUCGUUACGAUUUGCCGCGCCUCAGGAUCCGGAGAGGAAGGAAGGAGUUCAGACUGCUUUCCAGCAUGGUUGCUUGUGUAUACCUACCGACCAGUACCCCAUCCCUGCUGGGACAUCUGAGGACUGUUUAUUCCUCGAUGUGUACGCUCCAAUUCGAGCAAGGAAUGCAUCGAAGCUGCCCGUCUUUGUUUUUAUCCAGGGAGGAGGCUUCAAUGCAGACUCAAACGCCAACUUCAACGGAACCGGACUAAUUCAGGCGUCCAAGACUGGUAUCGUGGUGGUUAAUUUCAACUAUCGAGUCGGUCCCUUUGGAUUUUUGUCAGGGUCUGAAGUGCUGAAGGGCGGGAGUGUGAACAAUGGGCUUAAGGAUCAGCUCAAGGUUCUGCAGUGGGUCCAAACUCACAUAAGCAAAUUUGGCGGUGACCCUAAACAUGUGGUCAUUGGAGGUGACAGCGCGGGAGCAGCCUCAAUCACUCUUCUUCUCUCGGCCUAUGGCGGAGAAGAUUUAGGUCUUUUCCAUGCUGCUGCCGCGGAGUCGCAAAGCUUCGCCACUAUGCUAACUAUCAAUGAAUCCCAGUUUGCAUAUAACAAUCUCGUGAUUCGCACUGGUUGUGCAAGCGAGGACGAUACCCUAUCAUGCCUGCGCAAUUUGGACACAGCCACUUUACAGCGACAAAACAUUGGCACCCCGCUUCCUGACGCACAGAAGCCGCCUCUCUAUUUUUAUGCGCCUACUAUCGAUGGAGAGCUGAUUCUUGAUUACACCUAUCGGUUGUUUUCUCAAGGGCAGUUCAUCAAGGUCCCUGUCAUUUUUGGUGACGUGACAAAUGAAGGCACAACGUUUGUCCCCAAGAGUAUCUCAAGUGUGGGCGAAGCCGAUACUUUCAUACAGAGCCAAUUUCCAGCGAUCCAACUAGAUCAACUCGCCAGGAUUAACCGCUUAUAUCUCAAUCAAAACCAGACUAUGUCUUUUCCUGAUGCCGGCCUAUACUGGCGGCCGACCAGCAACGCAUACGGCGAGCUACGCUACAACUGUCCCGGUAUUGCCAUGUCCACGGCGUUCUCCAACGCAGGGAUGAAGAGCUGGAACUACCACUAUGCAGUCCAAGACCCGAGCUCUGAAGCCUCCGGCGAGGGUGUAUAUCACGUGGUGGAAUUGAAUGCCAUCUGGGGCCCGCAGUAUGUGACUGGAACACCCCCGCCUUCGUACUUCACUUCGAACGCACCUAUCAUUCCGAUAAUGCAGGCUUACUGGACAAGCUUUAUCAAAAGUUUCGAUCCAAAUCCUCAUCGGUACCCUGAUAGCCCUGAAUGGAAGACCUGGAGUGGUGACGGUGACAGCUUCCGCCGGCUUUUUAUUAGGACUGGUGAUACCAAAAUGGAAACAGUGCCAUUGAAUCAGAGGGCAAGAUGCGACUACCUGAUCAGCAUUGGGAUUGCUUUGCAGCAAUGA